AAUGCUCUAUGUAUGUGUUCAAAAGGGGAGGCACAAAUUUCGAGGUGAAAAUUUUUGGUAACUAAACACCCCCUAUAGGAUCUGGAUAUUCUGAGAUUUAACAGCGCUAUGCUUUUAGUGGUAGGUGAUAUUUCUGUCGAUAGCGAGACUUCGUCAAUUUUAAGGAUUUUCUGGUUUAGUUUUCGAAAAUGCUUGUAGGGGUUAUGGUUUGCGUACGUGUGUUUAUAUGGGUGAGUGUAUGUACAUUGUGAGUAGAGUUGUAAUGUUCAAUUAAAAAAAGAAAAAGAAAAGAAACACAUUGUUAGCGGUGGGGUCCUCUAAUGAUCCUCAUGACAAGAACAUGAUUAUCAGAAUUGUCAGAAUCUUUAAUGGUUCACGAUACCUUUCGCGAACACCUACGAACUAGAAUAAGAGCACCUUUCAUGGUUCUUACAACAAUGAUUUACACAAUCUUGUACAUUCUUGUGUGACUAUUAAGGGCUGUGUUCUUCUCCCUAAUUCGAACUCAAAUUACAAUUUUACCCUCAUUUUUUAUUCUGUUUGUGAUUUUACCUCUAUGUUUUGAAAUUGAAGACUCUUUUUGCCCCUGCUCCGCGAACUGUGAAGGAGUCAAAUAAUUAAUUUGGGAAAAGAUAAGUUUGCCCUUGCUAAUAUCUUUCUAGUUUUAUGAGAGGUUAGUGAUUUUACCCCUAUUUGACAUUAAAUAUUUUUUUCAACAUACCGAAGAGAAAUUUGCCAACCAAUAACAAUUUUUAGAAUCUGAGCAAGAAUUCAAAAAUUUUAAAACCAUUAUUAUACAAAUGUUACCAACUAAGAGCAACUCCAAUAGUUCCCUAUCCCUCUUCCCCAUUUUUGUUUUUUUGGGAAAAUGAAAAAAACUCUUCUCCAAUAGUUUCCUAUCUUAAUUCCCCAUCUCCUAACAAUUGGCAUAUUUGCAUCUUUGUGCCUAAAGAUGUGCAGCACUCCGUGACUCCCGAUCGGCCUCCCCGCGAACGAUUUUUUUCCGCGCGUUUCUCCCGCCCUCCUUCGCGCCGCUCUCAUCUUGCGCGCCAUCGCCAUCGAGGAAUCAAGGCCGCCGCCGUCCUUGGAUACGGUUCAGGUACUGCGAGGCCAGCGGGUCCCUGGUCAGUGACGCCGUCGGCGUGUCCUUCCCGGAUGGAUCAAAGGUCCAAUGAAUUGUUUUGGACAAACAUGGUUCAGGGAGACGAUCCCGUUCCUAGUUUGGAUGACCUAGAUUUUUCUUUGACAAAUGAGACCCACCAAACUGAUGAGACUGCUACUCAAGGUCAAGGAAUUGAUGUGGAAGGCCGUGCUGUUGGUACACCACCUCGCAGUUCAAGGCCAAACUCAAAGAGGUCAAAAAUUUUUGACUCGAAGGAGGAUUUAGUGGUGGUCUCAGCUUGGCUUAAUAUUAGCAAAGAUCCCGUGCAUGGAGCUAAUCAAUCUAAAGGAACUUUAUGGAGCAGGAUUCAUACUUACUUUGAGGAAAACAAGACGACUCCUUUUUUUAGAACAGAGAGUUUCAUUAUGCAUCGGUGGAUGACUAUUUUGAAUCAAGUUAACAAGUUUUGUGCCUGCUAUGAAGCAAUAGAGCGUAGAAAUCAAAGUGGUGCAACCAUUCAGGACAAGAUAUCUAACGCAGCAGAGAUGUACAAGGAAUUAGACCAAGAGAACAAGGCGUUCACUCUAAUUCACUGUUGGAACAAGUUGAAGGAUGAAGACAAGUGGAAGACAAAGAGAAGGGAGAUGGCCGACCAAGACAAGAGGCCAAAAAAUAAGAAGCAGAAGGUGCACAUACAGUCCACUACGAUGCAACAGACUGAAGCACAACAAAAUGGCAAUACACCCGUGCAAGCACAAGCAGAAGGUGGACCUAUACAACAAGAAGGAGAAAAGAGGCCGCCCGGUCAGAAGAAGGCAAAAGAAGCUCUUAAGCGAAGAGGUGGUGAGGCUUGCAUGGAAGCUUUAGACAAGAUGUGGGCAAAAAAAGAGGCAUUUGACAGGGAGAAAGAAAAGAAGAAAGAGGAAAGAUUCAUGGCUGCACUGGAGCUAGAGAAGAAAAAGGUGGAGGUAGACCUCAUGGAGAAGGAAGACAAGAUUAUGUCAAUGGACAUGACCUCAUCUUCACUGACCCCGACACAGCUACAGUACUAUCAGAUUAUGCAAGCGAAGAUCGUUGCUCGUCGCCUAUCCAAUUAGAAAUACCUUAAUGUUAUUUUAUUUGAAACCAAAAGUUUAGUUUGAUUUGGUGAACCAAUUUACUUUAUCAUUGUUCUUGUAAUUUCGCUUCACUGAACCUUUGCAUUAUCGUUUAUGGAGCUGCAAAAUUUGGUACUUA